ACGAGCAGAGAUGCAGGAGGGUGAGGCGCGCACCCGCUGCUCGUCCACCGCCCCGUGUACAGUGUGAACGCGCAGCCGGGGUUGACCGAGCUCCAGGCACAGAAAGGAUCUGUCGCUUGUUAAUGAUGUUCCUGCAGCCGAGGCGGGGCUGCGGCUGAUACCAGCGUGCAAUGCAAAGACGCGGCUUAGAGAACAGGCAAAGCUGCAACGGCCUUGUGGAUGCAAUUUAAUUUGCAAGCGACUGGGUUUCAAGCUGGAGAAGGGAUUGCAGAUGGUGGGGUGAUUUUUUUAGGGGCGGUCGAACGAUGCGCCGUCUGCAGCGGUCUUGUUGCAUUGUACAGACAACAUGCUGGCCAGCGAAGGACUCCAGGCUUCGGUGUGGGGUCCCGGCUGGUGGCCGCUGCUGCCGCCGCCCUGUGCCGGGUUUCAGCAAGGGGUCGGUGCGGCCGGGUUCCAGCGGCUCUGGCACCCAGGGUGGAGAUGACAGCGAGGGAGACCGGUCAGCUGGUGUCCGGGAAUCGGGAGCUGGGCAGACUUGGCCUCUGGCUAGGUCGCCGUGGUCCUGGCGGAGUGGUCUACCUCCCCGGAGGCUCUCGCUGUCUCCGCUGGAAAGGGUUAGCGACCUGAUCCCGGAGCAGAUGUUGUCCAGGGAGGUGUUGGAUCUAUCAUCAUCAGUGACAACGGCGGCCCCGGAACUGCUGGUGCCACCAUCCACGGCUAAGGAGGUGCCCCUUAAAAUAGGGGACUUGGUGCUGGCUGAGUUUCGCAAGAGGCAUCGCUUGGAUUUGCAGAAGAUGUUCUUGUUGGUGGCAGGUGGGGAACUGCACAGUAAGUGGGGGAUGCUCACCCACCAGGAGAUCCUGGGGCAUCUCCCGGGCCAGGUCUUCAGGACGUCCACUGGCUCUGAGUUCGUCCUCAGGAGACCAACCUUGGAGGAAUUUGUGCUGCUCAUGAGACGGGGCCCAGCCAUUUCUUAUCCAAAAGAUGCUACUACCAUGUUGAUGAUGAUGGAUGUCGGUAAUGGGGACUGUGUUUUAGAGUCCGGGUCAGGGUCUGGAGCAAUGACACUCUUCCUCUCCCGAGCAGUGGGGUCUUCUGGACACGUAUAUAGUUUUGAAGUGAGGAAGGAUCACCAUAACACCGCUAAAAGGAACUAUCAGUGCUGGCGGAAUGCCUAUGAAGUGGCUUGGGAGAAAGAGUGGCCAAAUAAUGUUGACUUCAUUAAUAAAGAUAUCGUAUUUGCCACUGAUGAUAUCCAGGGAAAGAUGUUUGAUGCUAUUGCUUUGGAUAUGCUAAACCCGCAACUAGCUUUACCUGUCAUCUCCACUCACCUCAAGCAAGGUGGAGUCUGUGCGGUGUAUCUUGCAAAUAUUACCCAGGUCAUCGAUCUGUUGGAAGGGAUCCGCAGCUCCUGCUUAUCCUUCUCGUGCGAGAAGAUCCUUGAGGUUAUUCACAGGGACUGGUUCGUUGCUCCUGCUGUGAGGAAGGAUGGCAGCACAGCAGCACGGGUGGAACCACAAAGGAAGGGAAAUGAUCUCGAGCACGAGGAAGGAAAAGAUACAGUCAAGCUGGAGGGUGAUGGUGAAGAGGAGGAUACUAAACCUUUUUGCACUGUGCCUUAUGUUGCCAGACCUCAUCACGAACAAGUUUCUCACACAGCUUUCCUUGUCAAGUUGAGAAAACUUAAACCUGCCCUUCAGUGAAACCAACCUCCAGGACUCAUGGAAUGAAGUGUAACAAAAAAAUACUGAAAGCUGUGGAUAUAUUGUGAAGUUCUACUCUGUACACAAAACUAUAAAUAAACUUUUAUUUUUUGUAUUUAA